GCGAAACGCCCACCUAGGGUCUCUUCCCCACCUUACCUCCACAAAAUGUCGGACGGCGUCGCCAUCGUCGAGCGGGACUCGGACAGCCAGAGUAGCAGCGACAAGCUCAAGCGCCAGCCCCGCCAGUACGUCUCCGAGGUCGGCGCGCGCCCGCAGAUCGUGUACUCGUACGCGCCGCCGCCCCCGCCUCGUGUCUUUGCCAACCCGGUAUGUCGUGCAAUGACGGCUGAAGGCGUUUCAAUACUCAAUGCGGAUGUGUGGCACGGUAGACCGCGCUGGGGAUGCUGGCGUACGGGACGGUGUUCUUGUGCUCGUCGCUGAUUACGCUGGGCACGGGGAACGUGCAUACGCCGAAUAUGGUCCUGGUUUUCGCUAUGUUCUAUGGAGGGAUCAUGCAGACUCUAGUGGGCAUGUGGUCGCUUUUCCUUGGCGUUGUGUUCUCAACAUACGGAGGCUUCAAUUUUACAUACGGCGCGCUGUAUCUCCCUAGGAUCGGUCUAGCACAAGCGUACUCUGUGAAUGGUGUCGUCACUGAGGAGUUCACCCAUGCUAUCGGGAUAUUCUUGGCCAUCUGCUGGAUAACGUUUCUGUUCUGCAUCGGGUCGCUGCGGACGACUUUCUCCGUCGUCUUCACCCUUGGCAGCACUGUCUGCGCUCUUUGCUGUCUAUCCGCCAGUUGUUUCACAGGUAAUGCACAUUUGAACACUGCUGGAGGUGCGCUGGGCAUCGUCGCAACCUUCGGUGCAUACUACGGCGGGCUGUCAGGCCUUUAUUCCGGGGAAUGCACCUUCAAAGCCAUCCGCCUCCCCCCUCUCGUUCUGUCAUACUCGAAUGCGUGA